CUUCUCAACGAUCGAUUCGGUCCUCACUUCUAGCUACAUGCUGUGUGGCCUGUUGCUCUCCUUGGGUUUAUUAGCCCUAACCUCAGCAGCCCCAAAACUACCCCAAGAUGAUGGCCCACGGAUGUAUGACCUGCCUAGCGAAGUGGCAUCUCCAUUUGAGGACAAUGGAAUGGUAGAACCGGAAGAAGAAGUGGAAAAGGAGCAGAGCGAGGCCUACAUUCUUCCCGUAUCGAAACAACUCGGUGAGAUUGGAGGACUAGCCAUCGAUGGUCGAGGUCGCCUGGUCGCUUUCCAUCGAGCCGAGCGUGAAUGGGACGCUAACUCAUUUGAUGAGAAGGAGAAAAUCAACAAAAAACUCGGACCAAUCAAGAAUGCCACUAUUGCCAUUAUCGACACCAGUAAUGGAAAGGUUCUUGAAGAGCAUGGCAAAGGCAUGUUCUACAUGCCUCACGGACUAACCAUUGACGAAAAAGGCAAUUACUGGGUGACAGACGUCGGAAGUCAUCAGGUGCACAAAUUGGACUCUUCAUUCAAGCCGCUUCUGACUUUGGGAGAAAAACUUGUUCCCGGAGAUGAUGAGAAGCAUUUCUGCAAACCGACCGAUGUUGCCGUGGCAAAGAAUGGUUAUUUCUUCGUUGCUGAUGGGUACUGUAACAGCCGUGUCAUGAAAUUUGAUCCUAGUGGAAAAUUUGUGGAGAGCUUUGGAGCUGCUGGAGAUGAAUUCGGACCGUCGGAAUUCCUCAUCCCUCAUUCACUGGCGCUCAUUGAAGAUAUGAACCUCAUUUGUGUAGCAGACAGAGAAAAUGAAAGAGUGCAAUGCUUCUCAGCUGGUUUAGCUGAAGGACACCGAACAAUCCCAGCUGGAAUCCCAAUCACUAGUGCUGAACAUAUCGGACGAGUAUUUGCCAUUAGAGAGAAAAAGCACUACCUCGUCGGUGUCACUGGUCGAGAUGAAGAAGAUCAGGUCCCUCCUCAACUUUUCGUAAUGGAUAUGACAAAUGGAAAGGCAAACACCUUUGUUGAGGGAAUCGAAAACCCGCAUUCACUAGCAAUCAAUGACGAAGGAACCGUGUACAUCGCCCAGAUGCAUCCGAAUCAAAUCAUCCAGAUCUCCCUUCCUGAUCAGGUCUAAAGACAUCGACCGACGACCAGCACAACUUUUUUCUCUGUGAAUUUAUAACACCGAUUCUUUUACGGGCCGCUGCUGAGGAGACUUCUAUCGUUA